ACUUAAGGUUCAUAGAGACCAAAGCCAACCGACGUGGAAGCAGUUCUCUCUUUCAGGAGAAAUAGUUUGGAACUAAUAGUCUGACAGACAAUAUCAACUAGGUUGAACAUAUUUGAAUGCCGCAAAGAAGAGACAACAUCAACGCAUUGAAGUAGCCUACACAGUGCAUGAAUGCACCAAAGUCUGAGUGUGUUCGUGGGGGCGGAGCCAAGAGUUAAGGGAGGAGCCAUGUGUUAGGGGAGGAGAGGACGUCAUAUUGAGGAAACAAAACUUAACGUUCGAAACCAAAGCAGAGCCCGUCUACGAAUAUUAGACAUUCUCUGACCAAAGCAACCGACGUUGAAGCUGUAAAAUAAAUCGCAUUUUGGAACAAAAAGUCUGACAGUAAGAAAAAGGAAUGGCCUGUGCUAACACUUCCUGGUCUGAAGAGAACUUUUCAUGUUCCAUCUGUCUGGAUGUGUUCAGCAGUCCAGUUUCCACCGCAUGUGGACACAACUUCUGCAGAAUCUGUAUUACAAAGUUCUGGGAUGGACAAGUCAAGUACAAAUGCCCUGUUUGCAACAAGCUUUUCAACACAAGACCUGAUCUACAGGUCAAUACCUUCUUAUCAGAGCUGGCUGCUCAGAUUAGAACAACCGUACUAGUAAAAGAGCAGCCCUGUGUUGAACCAGCAGAAGUUCCCUGUGACGUCUGUACUGGGACCCAGCAGAAGGCUGUGAAGUCCUGUCUAAUGUGUUUUACCUCUUACUGCCAAACCCAGCUGGGGAAGACGGUGACUGACGUUCCGCAGAAGAUCCAGGAGAGAAAACAAAAGAUUAAGGAGAUCAAAGACACAGUGGAACUGAGCAACAAAGACGCAGACAGAGAGAUAGCCCAAGGUGGGCAGGUCUUCACUGCUCUGAUAGGCUGUGUUGAAAAGGGCCGGGAUGAAUUCAACCAAACAGUGAAAGAGAAACUGAAAUCCACAGUGAAACGAGCUGAAGACCUCAUCAAAGAGCUGGAGCAGGAAAUAGAAGAUCUGACCAAUAGAAGCUCAGAGGUGAAGCGGCUCUCACACACUGAAGACCACCUCCACUUCCUCCAGACCUUCAGAUCCCUGAAGGAUCCUCCACCCACCAGGGACUGGACCACGGUGGAGGUCCGUCCUCCGUCAUACGUAGGGACCUUGAGGAGAUCCCUGGAUCAGCUGGAGGAGACACUGAACAUGGAGAUGAAGAAGCUGCGCGAUGCUGAACUGAAGUGGGUCCAGCAGUAUGAAGUAGAUGUGACUCUGGAUCCUGAUACAGCUCAUCCCAAGCUCAUCCUGUCUGAGGAUGGGAAACAAGUACAUGAUGGAGGUGAAGAGAAGGAACUCCCAGACAACCCUAAGAGAUUUACAGAGUAUACAUCCGUUCUCACAAGGCAGAGCUUCUCCUCAGGGAGAUUUUACUUUGAGGUCCAGGUUAAAGACAAGACUGCAUUGUGGUUAGGAUUGGCCAGAGAGUCCAUCGACAGAAAAGGUGAGACAGAGGGGACCCCUGAGACGGGUUACUGGACUCUUUACUACGACAAUGAUGAGUUGGUAUUUAGUGAUAACCCUUCUGUCGAUCUCCCUCUGAGAGCUGAGCUCCAGAAGGUGGGGGUGUUUGUUGAUUAUGAUGAGGGUCUGGUCUCCUUCUAUGAUGUGGAAGCCAGGGUUCAUAUCUACUCUGCUACUGGCUGCACCUUCACUGAGCCUCUCUAUCCAAUCCUCGAUCCAGGUGAUCAUGAAGAAGGUAGAAACUCUGCCCCCCUGAUCAUCUCACCUGUCAAUCAAACAGACUAGGACCUUUGUUUGAUAAUAAAAUAAUCAAACGACCAAAACAACUAAAGUUGUUUCCUGAAUUAGAAUAGAAUUAGAAUCUCUACUAUGUGAGAUCUGAGAGAUCUGCAUUAAUGUCGUACUGCUGUCAUUUAACGAGGAGAAUAUUUGUAAGAAUUAACCCUGCAGUUGUGCAAUAUAACACUUUAUAAAGGGUUAUAUUACACUCCAUUUAUGUGUCUGUUUUCCUUUUAUUUAUUUUACAUGUUUAAAGAUAUAAAAUUGGUUGCAGUUAUGUAGAACAUGUUUAGAGGAUUAACAUGUAUAUAUAAUAAAAAAAAUUAACAGUUCUAUUGGUUUUAAUUUCUGAUCAUGUAAUGACCAAACAAUUCAAUGUUCUUGCACUUUUUUUUUUUGGAUUUUAAUAAAAAGAAAAGGCAAAUAUUGUUAUGUGUUGGGGCAUACAUUAUAAUUGUAAUGGAUCAUUUCAGGGAAAUAGAUACAUUCCAGUCAAAUAGUGCUCAGUAUAAAUACUGUUUCUGUAAUAAAAAAAAGUGUGAUACAAAAAAUAAAAUUGUUUAUUUCUAAACCCUUAAUUUUGAUGAUCUGAGAUUGAUGGAACGUUUUAAAUCAUUGAAGAAAUGUAACGGUUUGUAGUUGAUGAUCCAGUAAAUUAAUCUCCAAUAUACAACAACCCAACAUGUGUUACACACUUACACAAAGGUCACAGUGACUACGUGUAAAGAUACUCCCCAUGUGUGUGAGUACCGUGACUUUGUCUGGUCAGCUCUCCUCUCCUCUCCAUCAUCUCCUCU